AUGUCUGAAGAAUUGGAAGAACAUCAACCAACAAUCAUCAUCAACGGGAACCUUGAUGAUAUAGAUGAUAAUCAAUACGAUCAUGAAGAAUCUGAAAAUGAAGAAUUAGUUCAAGAUGAAGCACAAGAUCAAUCAGGUAAAAAAACUGUUAGUUUUGAUGUCUUGGAUGAUAAAGAAGAAGCUGAAUUAAGACAAAAAGAAUUCGAAGAAGGUGGUGGUUUACCUGAACAACCUGAAAAUCCAGAUUUUACUAAAUUAACACCAUUAUCUCCAGAAAUUAUAAAUAGACAAGCAACUAUUAAUAUUGGUACUAUUGGUCAUGUCGCUCAUGGUAAAUCAACUGUGGUUAAAGCUAUUUCUGGAAUUCAAACUGUUCGUUUCAAAGAUGAAUUAGAACGUAAUAUUACUAUUAAAUUAGGUUAUGCAAAUGCAAAAAUUUAUAAAUUAGAUGAUCCAAAUGUUGAUGAAACAACAUCAUAUAAAUCAUUUAGUUCAGAUCGUGAAAUUCAUCCAAAAUGUGACUUACCAGGUGUUGAAUCUCGUUAUAAUUUAGUACGUCACGUUUCAUUCGUUGAUUGUCCAGGUCAUGAUAUUUUAAUGAGUACCAUGUUGUCAGGUGCAGCAGUUAUGGAUGCUGCUUUAUUAUUAAUUGCAGGUAAUGAAUCAUGUCCACAACCUCAAACUUCAGAACAUUUAGCAGCUAUUGAAAUUAUGAAAUUAAAACAUGUUAUUAUUUUACAAAAUAAAGUUGAUUUAAUGAGAGAAGAAUCUGCUUUAGAUCAUCAAAAAUCAAUUUUAAAAUUUAUUAGAGGUACUAUUGCUGAUGGUGCUCCAAUUGUUCCAAUUUCUGCUCAAUUAAAAUAUAAUAUUGAUGCAGUUAAUGAAUUUAUUGUUAAAACUAUUCCAAUCCCUCCAAGAGAUUUCACUGCUUCACCAAGAUUAAUUGUUAUUCGUUCAUUUGAUGUUAAUAAACCAGGUGCAGAAAUUGAUGAUUUAAAAGGUGGUGUUGCAGGUGGUUCUAUCUUAAAUGGUGUUUUCAAAUUAGGUGAUGAAAUUGAAAUUAGACCAGGUAUCGUCACCAAGGAUGAUAAUGGUAAAAUUCAAUGUAAACCAAUUUUUUCAAAUAUUGUUUCAUUAUUUGCUGAACAUAAUGAUUUAAAAUUUGCUGUACCAGGUGGGUUAAUUGGUGUUGGUACAAAAGUUGAUCCAACUUUAUGUAGAGCUGAUCGUCUUGUUGGUCAAGUUGUUGGUGCUAAAGGUCAUUUACCAAGUAUUUAUACAGAUAUUGAAAUUAAUUAUUUCUUAUUACGUCGUUUAUUAGGUGUUAAAACUGAAGGUCAAAAACAAGCAAAAGUUCGUAAAUUAGAAGCUAAUGAAGUUUUAAUGGUUAAUAUUGGUUCUACUGCUACUGGUGCUCGUGUUAUUGCAGUUAAAGCUGAUAUGGCAAGAUUACAAUUAACUUCCCCUGCUUGUACUGAAGUUAAUGAAAAAAUUGCUCUUUCAAGACGUAUUGAAAAACAUUGGCGUUUAAUUGGUUGGGCUACUAUUAAAAAAGGUACAACUUUAGAACCUGUUAAUUAG